AACCCCGCGACGGACUGUAUUUCUCUUAAUGAUUGGCCAGCAGGCGGUUCCCAUAGUUACUGACCCCGCAGUUGCACUAGGAGAUGGAGGGGUGGAGCCUUUGCUGCUGUUCGGGGUACUCGGUACACGACCCCUUGUAACUCCAGAUCCAGAGGAUCCGUCAUCCUCUCCUGGCCUCCGCGGAGCCCUCCCGAACAUCCUGUACAUAUGUGCGCACACGCACGCACAAACACAAUCUUUUAAAGAUUUAAAUUAAAUCUUUAAAAAGACCGACCCUCAAAAGCACCCUUACAAGCAACUUCUAAGAGGCACGUGCAACUCGUUACGCAUGCGCUCUAUCUUUUCAAUGAUUGGCGUGGGCUUGUACUUUCUACUUUCCUUAACAACGGUCACCGGGGAGACAAGUUGGGAAGACGCCCUCUGCGGAUUGGCUGCCUCUCGCUUCACCGCCUCUGAAGAAACACUAGAAGGGGCAGGACCGGGCUUUGCAGUGGGAGAGCUGGCUGUCCCAGAGCCCAGGCUGGAGAGCCCUUGACUGAGGCUAAGAAGGACGAAGAGAUGAUUACCCCCAGUUCCAGCCAGAGCCUGGGAAUGAAGGUGCAGAUGGAGUCGGAACAAUCUCCCAAAUUGCAGGAGGAACUGGACAGGAGUCCCAGCUCGGUGGACGGCUCGGCCAUAAGGAACGGAACAGACAUGCAGACCGAGUCGCCCGCAGAAGCCACUAGUAGCCCUGUGGAAGUGGCUGAAGAUCCUGGAGCCAACUUGUUCCCGCCACCACUACCCCAGCCCCGGAUCUGUAUGUGGAAAUACCUGGACAUCCAUUCUAUGCACAGACUGGAGAAGGCAGCCACUGUGGAAAAGAUGAGAGAGGUUCUUGCUGAGCUCUUGGAGCUUGGCUUUCCUGAGCAGAGCCUGCGGGAUGCCAUUAUCUUGGACCUCUUCUCCCACGCACUUAUCUUCUGCCGCCAGCAGGGCUUUUCACCAGAGCAGACAUCAGCAGCCUGUGCCAUGCUCCAAGAUCUUCACAAGGCCUGUGUUGCUACCCCUCUGGGCAACGUGGAGGAAUGCUACCGCUACUUUACCAGCGUUCUCUUUUGUCAUGGAAUCAGGGUCAGUACCCUGAAACGAAGCCUUCACCCAACCACAGGCAAGAUCGGGCCCAAAUUCCUGUUCUCUUUCCCACCAUCUUCCUCUGAAGGCCACCUGGGGCUUGCCCUGCUUCUAGACAGCUGCUUUUGGCAGACUAGCUGGGUAGGCUUCUGGAGGUUGUCAGGGCACUUACGUCCCGGAUUAUCGUCACAGCGGCCCCCUUUCAGCAUUGACCUCUUUAAAGAGGAACAGCUGCUGGCACUGGCAGACUAUGUGGUCAACACCUACUUCCGCCACUUCAAGCUCUACAAAUAUGUCUUCACCCCACAGGUGCGACUGGACCUAUCUUUGACUUACACGGGGUUACAGCCACUCACGCUCUGGCCAGAGGAGAAAGAAAACGAGGAGAUGAUGGUGGUAGAGCAAGUAGCUACUCCACAGGAGGAAGAGCCGGAAACUGUGACGGAGCCAGAGCAACAGCCAAGUGAGGUGUGCAUCCUCCAGACCUACAUCAAGUCCCAGCUGAGCAAGGAGCUGAGGCAGCUCCAGCAGCUGGUGGAGGAGCGGCUCAAGGAGAGCGAGGAAAGGCUGAGCAGCAAACUGGCUGCACUGGAGCAGCCGUUCCAGACACCUCCCAGCAAAGGCAAGACCAAGACCAAGUGAUCCCAGCAUCUUCCCCAAUAAAGACCUGGGCCACAGUGUCCCAUCCCCCACCUUCA